GGGAGGGAAAUCUGGAGUGUCAACAGGAGGCGAAAGUCCAGGCUGCUGAGAUCCCGGAGAGCGGUGGGAAACACAGACGGAAGGGGCAGUUGCCGGGUCAGAACUACAUUCCCCAGCAUGCAUUGGGGCGCCCACACUGUGCAUCUUGGGAAAUGUAAUCCUCUUCCUGUGGCGCCACCCUACGACCCCCAGUCUGACUCCUCAGUCUCACUCCUUCCCCACUUGGAGGCCAAGAUUCGCCAGACACACAGCCUUGCCCGCCUCCUGACCAAAUAUGCUGAGCAGCUGCUGGAGGAAUAUGUGCGCCACCAGGGAGACCCUUUUGGGCUGCCGGGCUUCUCACCCCCGAGGCUGCCGGUGGCGGGCCUGAGCGCCCCGGCUCCCACCCACGCGGGGCUGCCAGUGCGCGAGCGCCUGCGGCUGGACGCGGCGGCCUUGGAUGCGCUGCCCGGGCUGCUGGACGCUGUGCGCCGCCACCAGGCGGAGCUGAACCCCAGCGCCCCGCGCCUGCUGCGGCGCCUGGAGGACGCGGCGCGCCAGGCUCGCGCGCUGGGCGCCGCUGUGGACACCGUGCUGGCUGCUCUGGGCGCUCUGGGCGCCCGUGGGCCCGGACCGGAGCCCGCCGCCGCCGCAGCUGCCACCGUUACCAACACGGCUGCGGGCAUCUUCUCGGCCAAGGUGCUGGGGCUGCGCGUGUGCGGCCUCUACGGCGAGUGGGUGAGCCGCACCGAGGGCGACCUGGGCCAGCUGGUGCCCGGGGGCCUCGCCUGACCACGCUGCCCCGCGCUCUCCAGCUGCGUGCGCUCUGGAGCUAUCCACGUCUGUCUGCCUUGUCCUGUCUUCCUGGCUCUCCUGGUCUCAGGGAGUGUCCUGUGCCCACCAGCUUUCUCCUGUUCUCUGCUCUCCCUUCUUGGCGUCUUUGAUGUUUCCCGGACUCUGUAGCUCUUGCUCCGUCCGACCUUCAUCCCCCUUCAGUCCAUGUGAGUGUGUGUACCCCUAGUCUCAUCUCUUAUAGGUGACACUUGAUUUCACUCCCUUGGUUUCUUUGUCCUUUCCCAGGCAGAGAAGUGCCUGCUGGUCCUUCGGUGGCAAGACCACCCACCUCCAGGGUAAUACCCUCCUGGGCUUUCCUCUCCACUAGUUCCUUUCGUUCCUGACCUUUCUCCCUUUGAUGUCCUUCCCUUUCCUGUCUCCCUACCCUAGAAACCCCAUCAGUAACCCCAGUCUAUGGGGGAGGAAAGGGGAGGGGGGAAGAGAGAGAAAGAGAGAGAGAGAGAGAGAGAGAGAGAGAGAGAGAGAGGACAAAUAACAUCUUAGAGUUUUAUUUGAGAAUAAAUUAAUUUUUG